CGUUGGGUGGGUCGCCAUUGCUGCUCUCUCUUUUCUUCUCUUCUGGUAACUGAGACAACUCUCUCUCUCUCUCUCUCUCUCUGUGCAAAGCUCCUCUGGAGAGGCUCUGGUCAGUGGUUUCUCUUCGGAGCGAGCAAUGGGCGCCGUCUGAUCGUUUGACCUCCCCCGUCCGUGCUCUCCCCGCCGCUUCAUCUCUCUCCCUCCUGCUCCCUCCCCCUUCUCCCUCUCUGUCUCUGACGAUGGGAGCUCGCUGCUCCAAAUUCUCUCUCUGCUGGUUCCACUCUCACCUCAAGCCCUCUGUUCUCGAAUCCUCCGAUCUCGAGAACGGGGACAGGAAGGAGAGCUCGUGGCCCAGCUUCACCGAGUACAGCUUCGACCAGAUGAAGGCCGCCACGGGAAGCUUCUCGCCCGACAACAUCGUCUCCGAGCACGGGCUGAAGGCUCCCAACAUCGUCUACAAGGGCCAGCUCGACAACGGCCGUUGGGUCGCCAUCAAGCGCUUCAACCGCCUCGCCUGGCCAGACAAUCGCCAGUUUCUCGAGGAAGCGAGAUCCGUCGGGAGCUUGCGGAGUGAGCGGCUGGCGAAUCUGAUCGGGUGUUGCUGCGAAGGAGAUGAGAGGUUGCUGGUGGCGGAGUUUAUGCCGAAUGAGACGCUUGCCAAGCAUUUGUUUCACUGGGAGAACCAGCCUAUGAAGUGGGCAAUGAGACUGAGAGUAGCGUUGUACUUGGCCCAAGCGCUGGAUUACUGCAGCAGUAAAGGCCGGGCUUUGUAUCACGAUCUCAAUGCUUACAGAGUCUUGUUUGAUCAGGAUGCGAAUCCGCGUUUGUCUACUUUUGGCCUUAUGAAGAACAGUAGAGAUGGCAAGAGUUACAGUACCAAUUUAGCCUUCACUCCUCCAGAAUACUUGAGGACAGGCAGAGUGACAGCUGAAAGUGUGGUUUACAGUUUUGGGACCAUGUUGCUUGACCUUCUAAGUGGCAAACAUAUACCCCCGAGCCAUGCUCUUGAUCUGAUUCGUGGCAAAAAUUUCCUGAUGCUGAUGGAUUCUGCUUUAGAGGGUCACUUUUCCAAUGAUGAUGGAACUGAGCUAGUUCGUUUAGCUUCCCGCUGUUUGCAAUAUGAAGCUCGUGAGAGGCCAAAUGCAAAGUCCCUUGUCACGGCCCUUUUGUCACUGCAGAAGGAAACAGAGGUUCAAUCACAUGUGCUUAUGGGUAUCCAACGGGAGGCACAGUCUCCUGCACAGCCAUUGUCGUUGACACCGUUUGGUGAGGCUUGCUUGCGAAUGGAUCUCACCGCAAUUCAUGAGAUACUGGAGAAGAUCGGUUACAAGGAUGAUGAAGGAAUUGCCAACGAGCUGUCUUUUCAAAUGUGGACCAAUCAAAUGCAGGAGACCUUGAAUUCGAAGAAGCAUGGCGAUUCUGCUUUUCGAGCAAAGGAUUUCGGAACGGCUAUUGAUUGCUAUACCCAAUUCAUCGAUUGCGGGACCAUGGUUUCGCCCACCGUCUACGCUAGGCGGUGCUUAUCAUACUUGAUGAGUGACAUGGCCCAAGAAGCUCUCGGGGACGCAAUGCAAGCCCUGGUGGUGUCUCCUGAGUGGCCCUCGGCUUUGUAUCUUCAAGCGGCCUGCCUGUUCAGCCUCGGCAUGGAGAACGAAGCACAGGAAUCUCUCAAGGACGCCACAAGCUUAGAAAUGAAAAGGACCAAACACUAAUACAUGUAUAGAUUUUUCUUCUUUUUUCGCAUUUCCUACCUACUUUUCUUCCGCCGCCACCUUGUUCGAGCCCCUUUGCUUCCAUGGUAAUGCUUGUCUUCCUGUAUUUAUUUACUCUGAUUCCGAUCGGAGUGACCGACUAUGAGAUUCUUUCUUUUCCUUUGUCCCUUCUUCUCUUUGGAAAAAUCUUGAUUGCAAUGGUCUUGCAUUUUUUGCAAUGUAUGAAAGUUGUUCCUUCCUUUCAUUUUGAA